AUGGAUACUACAUGGGAAAACAGUUUUAUCGCAGAGGACAAGACGAUUUCCUUGGGGAAAUCGGACUGUAAUUUGGACGACGAUGCUAUUAAAAAAGAAGGGGAACAAUCCAACAGUACCACAGAAGGAGGUAAAGGAGGAGGGGGAUCCUAUGGGAGAUAUCGGACGAUUAAUUACAGUACCCCAUUGCUUAUUGCUGCUAGCGAAGGAAUAAGAGAAAUAUUUGAUGAGAUACUUAAAGUGCAUCCUCAGGCAAUUGAGCACGUUACUCAGGAUGAGGAAAACAUAUUGCACGUGGUCAUUAGAUACCGUCAAAGGGAAAUCUUUCGCCUUGUAAAGGAGAUGAAAAAAAUAAUGGACUCUAGGUUGUCUUCAAGGAUUGAUGGGAGAAGCUACACCAUAUUGCAUCAUGUUGCCGACAUGACCAAGUAUGAUGGAGGAACCAAACCUGGUCCUGCACUCCAAUUGCAAGAGGAGUUGAAAUGGCUUGAGCGUGUGCGAAAGAUAAUGCCUUCCCAUUAUGUCAUGCACCGUAACUAUGACGAUGUGACUGCAGACGAGCUCUUCAAAGAGACACAUGCUGAACUUCUCAAGAAGGCCCAAAAAUGGAUAAAGGAGACCUCUCAGUCGUGCUCUGCGGUUGCUGUCCUUGUCGCCACUGUCGUUUUCGCGACUGCCUACACCGUCCCGGGAGGCAAUGAUGACACGGGUCGUCCAAUUUUCCUUCACUCUCCCUUCUUCUUAUUCUUCACCAUCAUGGACGUUGUCUCCCUUGCAAGCUCCUUGACUUCUGUCGUAAUGUUCCUAUCGAUUCUCACAUCUCCUUUUGAGCAACAAAAUUUCCUCAAAUCUCUCCCUCGGAAGCUCAUGGUGGGGUUCGCCUUGCUCUUCUUCUCUGUGACAACAACCAUGCUUUCGUUCUCGGCAACCAUUCUGCUCAUCAUUCGCCUUGAGAAGAAAAAAUGGACUUCGACUCUAAUUUACACUGCGGCAUUCCUUCCUGUUGCUGUGUUUGCACUUAUGCAGUUCCCCUUAUACAUUGCAUUCACCAGUAGUUUGCAGUCCCUUUCAAAGAAAAUAAUGAAGAAGCUUCGUCGCUUGAAUCUCCUCUCUCGUUUCUCCAAAACCUCUAAGGGCAAGAUCUAUUGA